AGUUAUUCAGAUGCUAUGCAUUUUUUUCCGUCCUGUAUACAUCCUAUGUAGCCUUCUGUCGUCUGCUUCUAGAUUUAGACCAAUCACAUUUUAAAGAUACGUUCUGUGCGAAAUUGGAAACAUGGCAGACACCACGAGUGAAACUUGCAAAAUCGACUGGCUUUAUCCAGAACUGUUGUCAAAGGAAGGCCUUGUACAUAUAUUAUCCCAGCGCUUUGUGAAACUACCAGACAAUGUUGAAGCAGUAUCUAAAGAGGAUCUACUGGAGCAGUACUACAAAUAUAUUUUGCCACAGCCUCAGCGGCAAUAUCGCAAUAAUCGUCGUGGAAGAGACAUGAUUAGGAGGCAAAUUGCUCUUGCCAAAAAGAGAAAAAGCAUAUCACCAGUCAGCAAUGAGCUAUCAGCCAAACUUCUUCUCAUCAUCUCUUCAUUUGAUGGCAUUUCACCUGGAGAUCGGCUAAAACCACCUCCUUCAUGCAUUAAUGUUAAGAAGAAAGUCAUCAAGCUCAGCUCCUCAAAGUCUUCUGGUGAAUGCUCUUCCUCACCAUCAACAGUUAACAGUUUAGAUGGAUCACCACUUGCCAAGAAAAUAAGAGUGGACAAUUUGUCAUUAUCAGCUGAAGAGAUGAAAAAUUCCAGUGUUACUUCAGAGGUUCCCACCAUGAGCGAGAAUAUUAAACCAAUCAACUCUCAUUUAAACAACUUGACUCUGAAAAAAGAAGAGGCUGCACUAGAUACCACAGACAGCAGCAAAGUCACAAGACAAGAGGCUCCAAAAGGAUCACCUAUGGAGACCAGUCCAGAAAGUCCUGACAAGUGUAAAAGCAAAUUUCAGUUAAAAAAGAUUUCUUGGCCAUGAAGAAGAGCUACUAAGAGACUAGAAAAACAAGAGUACAGAUUCCUGCUCUUGUUCUGGACAUUGCAGUGUUGCAGUUCUGAGUGAAUGUUGCAACCGGAUUGUGAGUUCCAGGAUGUAGGUGUGUCAUUACAGAGUUGGUUUUAGUUUUGGUGUGUCUGAAAAGGUGCAAUAAAAUGCAGAAUAUUUCUUGCAUUAAGUACAUCUGCUGGCCUACUCCUUAAUUUGCAGUCAUGCAAGGAAAUAAAACGUGUUCAAAUAUCAACUAGACAUUACCUGGUUAGUUUACUGGCUGUAAUAGGAGGCUAAUACAGCCACUUUGAAUGAACUUGACGUUUGUUGGCGCCAGAGUAUGAAUCAUUUUGAGUAUAAGCUGCAAUUUUAGGACGUUUUCUCUAUCUCCCUCCAAAAAAGAAUCAAGUUGAUAAAAAAAAUUGCUGUUGAUUUCGGAUUCAGUAAUCUUUGUAUACUGCAUGUAUAUUUUUUAUUUUUGGUGCCCUCAUUCUGUUGCUUCAUUUUUGGCACAAGAAACUUGGGUAUAUAUAUAUUUUAAAUUUAAUUUUUGCAGCUGAAUGUCAUGUCACUAACUUUAGCAUUUCUUCUAAAAGACAUUGUCAGUGAGUAUCAGUGAGUAAAAUGGUUUUAAAAAGACCAUAAAAAGAUCUUCAAAAUUCUUGUGUUAAGCCAGCAGCACAGACAAAAUGUAAAGUUUUCUGUAGUCUGAAGAGGUUAUUUCAAGUUGAAAUCAUGUGAAAUGUUUGUUUUUUAUGUAUCAAUUAAUAAAUGUAAUAAUGACAA